GUCAUUAGCACCUCUAGUAAUAUAUUUACUGAGAAAAAUGUUGACAUGUUUAAUACUUAUUUUACCGCUGUAUAUUUACAGCUUCUAAACAACUAACAGGUUUGAGUUCAUUUAAAUGUAACAGGUAUUUUAGAGCCACAGGAGUCCCACGCCCAUGUUCAUGGGACUCAUGGGCACAAAUCCUCAGCCCCACAUGGACAUGAAGACAACAAGCAGUCACAUCAAAAAGUUGAAAGAACAGUUAUUUCAGAUCCUCACGAGGCCCACAGACACACACAUGAGAGUCAUGGUCACACAUCCACGACCUCACAUGGACAUGGAGAAGACGAGCAUGCGCACAAAGCUGAAAGGACAGAUCCUCAUAAGUCCCACAUACAUGUUCAUGGGACUCACAGCCACAAAUCCUCAGCUCCACAUGGACAUGAAGAUGAGCAUUCACACCAAAAAGUUGAAACAACAGUUAUUUCAGAUCCUCACAAGUCCUACAGACACACACAUGAGAGCCAUGGUCACACAUCUACAACCUCACAUGGACAUGGAGAAGACGAGCAUGCACACAAAACUGAAAGAACAGAUCCUUAUGAGUCCCAGAUACAUGUUCAUGGGACUCACAGCCACAAAUCCUCAGCCCCACAUGGACAUGAAGAAGACAAGCAUUCACACCAAAAAGUUGAAACAGCAGUUGUUUCAGAUCCCCACGAGUCCCACAGACACACACAUGAGAGUCACGGUCACACAUCUACAACCUCACAUGGACAUGGAGAAGAUGAGCAUACACACAACGCUGAAAGAACAGUCAUUUCAGAUCCUCACAAGUCCCACAGACACACACAUGAGAGUCAUGGUCACACAUCUACAACCUCACAUGGACAUGGAGAAGAUGAGCAUACACACAAAGCUGAAAGAACAGAUCCUCAUAAGUCCCAGAUACAUGUUCAUGGGACUCACAGCCACAAAUCCUCAGCCCCACAUGGACAUGAAGAUGAGCAUUCACACCAAAAAGUUGAAACAACAGUUAUUUCAGAUCCACAUGAGUCCCACAGACACACACAUGAGAGUCACGGUCACACAUCUACAACCUCACAUGGACAUGGAGAAGACGAGCAUACACACAAAACUGAAAGAACAGAUCCUCACGAGGCCCACAGACACACAAUUGAGCGUCAUGGUCACACAUCUACAACCUCACAUGGACAUGGAGAAGACGAGCAUGCGCACAAAGCUGAAAAGACAGAUCCUCAUGAGUCCCACAGACACACACAUGAGAGUCAUGGUCACACAUCUACAACCUCACAUAGGCAUGAAGAAGGCGAGCAUUCGCACCAAAAAGCUCAAAGAACAGUUAUUUCAGACCCCCACGAGUCCCACAGACACACACAUGAGAGCCAUGGUCACACAUCUACAACCUCACAUGGACAUGGAGAAGACGAGCAUGCACACAAAUCUGAAAGAACAGCUCUGCAUGAGUCAGAGAAAAACAAGCAUGGCCACAAAUCCACAACAUCGUCUGAAAGCAGGGGGCACAGCGAAGAGCAUCGAAUCGUUGAAAAACAGGGGAGAGAAGGAGGCGGUCAUGAGAACACCAAACAUGCUUUCAGGAAAGAGGAAGACGACCAACAAGAGCGAGAAAAGAGGAAUAAAAAAGGUAGAUUCUGAGUGUGAUGUUAUAGCUCAGUGAUUCAUAACUGGUUGCAUAAAUUUAGUGAGAUUUAAGGCUGUCAGUUUGUGCAUCCUGUGGGUGUUUGAAUCUGGUUGCCAGUUCAUUUCAUCCCUCCAACUGCCUUUGAAGCGAGGCUUUACUGUCCUGUUUGGAUUGCUGCAGGAUUUUUUUUACAUAAAUGCAGCAACAAUGUUAUAUGUUAAAUCUUAAUAAAGUCCAACCAGUUAGGAAGCAUUUGUGAGCUCAUAGAACAAAACAAAACCCUUUUCUUAGAAAAUCCCAACCUCCUAAUCCAUUAGACUAGGUGGGCAAUGCUGGUCCUCGAAUGGUUUACUUAUUUCUUUGCUUCAAUACCUGAUCCAGUAACUGAAUUACCUCUUCCAAGUUCUGCAGAUGUUUGGUAAUCACCCAUUCAUUCAAAUCAGGUGUGUUGGAGCAGAGAAACAAGUGAAACAUAAGAGAGAGCGGAUUGCCCAGUCCUGUGUUAGACCUUCUGUAACAUUAUUAUUUAUGUAGAAAACUGUAGUGUGUCAAAUGACAACUAGACAUAAACAAAGAUUCCUUCAUUCCUCAAGGACUUCUGAAACUUCUGAGCUCAGGAGAGCCCGAAGUCAAACAGUUACUUGGGGUCA